UGACAGCGGCGGCGGCGGCGCGGAGCCUGGCGGGCGGCGGGAGUCUGCGCCUCCGGUUCCUGCUCCUGAUCCCGAGGCGGCAGCGGCCAGGCAGACCGGGAUGGCCUUCAUGGAGAAGCCGCCGGCCGGCAAGGUGCUGCUGGACGACACGGUGCCGCUGACAGCAGCCAUAGAGGCGAGCCAGAGCCUGCAGUCCCACACGGAAUAUAUCAUUCGGGUGCAGAGAGGAAUUUCUGUAGAAAACAGCUGGCAGAUUGUUAGAAGAUACAGUGACUUUGAUUUGCUGAACAACAGCUUGCAGAUUGCAGGCCUAAGUCUACCUCUUCCUCCCAAAAAAUUGAUUGGUAACAUGGAUCGUGAAUUCAUAGCGGAGAGGCAGAAAGGUCUUCAGAACUAUCUUAACGUUAUCACCACAAAUCAUAUCUUGUCUAAUUGUGAGCUGAUUAAGAAGUUUUUAGAUCCAAACAACUAUUCUGCAAACUACACUGAGAUUGCCUUACAACAUGUUUCCAUGUUCUUCCGAUCAGAACCAAAGUGGGAGGUGGUAGAACCAUUGAAAGACAUAGGUUGGAGGAUAAGGAAGAAAUAUUUCUUGAUGAAGAUUAAAAAUCAGCCAAAGGAACGGCUAGUGUUAAGCUGGGCUGACCUUGGCCCUGACAAGUACUUAUCAGAUAAAGAUUUUCAGUGUCUAAUCAAACUUCUGCCUUCCUGUUUGCACCCUUACAUCUAUCGGGUUACCUUUGCCACAGCUAAUGAAUCCUCAGCAUUGCUAAUUAGAAUGUUUAAUGAAAAAGGAACUUUGAAGGACCUGAUCUACAAGGCAAAACCAAAAGACCCAUUCCUAAAGAAGUACUGCAACCCUAAGAAGAUUCAGGGUCUUGAACUCCAGCAAAUAAAAACAUACGGGCGGCAAAUAUUAGAGGUGCUAAAGUUUCUACAUGACAAGGGAUUCCCUUAUGGGCAUCUUCAUGCCUCCAAUGUGAUGCUAGAUGGAGACACUUGCCGGCUGCUAGACUUAGAGAAUUCUCUAUUGGGCCUCCCUUCCUUCUACAGAUCAUAUUUCUCACAGUUCAGGAAAAUCAAUACAUUGGAAAGUGUAGACGUCCACUGCUUUGGCCACUUACUGUAUGAAAUGACCUACGGACGACCACCAGACUCGGUGCCUGUGGACUCCUUCCCUCCUGCACCGUCCAUGGCUGUAGUGGCCGUGUUGGAGUCUACGCUGUCUUGUGAAGCCUGUAAAAAUGGCAUGCCUACCGUCUCCCGGCUCUUACAGAUGCCAUUGUUCAGUGAUGUAUUACUAACCACUUCUGAAAAGCCACAGUUUAAGAUUCCCACGAAGUUAAAAGAGGCACUGAGAACUGCCAAAGAAUGUAUAGAAAAGAGACUAAUUGAGGAACAGAAACAGAUCCACCAGCAUCGAAGACUGACAAGAGCUCAGUCACACCAUGGAUCUGAAGAAGAAAGGAAAAAGAGAAAGAUUUUAGCUCGAAAGAAGUCAAAACGAUCUGCCAUUGAGAACAGUGAAGAACAUUCAGCAAAGUACAACAACUCAAAUAAUUCAGCAGGGUCUGGGGCCAGUUCACCUCUCACAUCCCCGUCAUCACCGACUCCACCGUCUACAGCAGAGCAUGCACCAUUUUGAACGUGAAUUUGCGCUUCACACUUUUGGCCACCUAAAAGAUCUGCAUGGGAUUGACUCCACUAGCCAGCCUGCAGAUGUUGGAGGGACAUCUGGUGCUGUUGUGUUGGUCAUCCUGGCAAUAGCUGUGCACCACACCUUGUCAUUCUUUGAUUUUCUUCCUGACUGUCCAGUGCCCUGAAUAGCUAUUUAUAAUUACAGAUAAGCUGUUUUGGGGGCAUCCCCCUUCCUGGGUUAUUAUUAUACCAAUAUUUUAAAAGCUGUGUGAACUCAGUUAGCAAUGGAUCUAACAUGGAAUCUGUCAGCUCUUGUCUGUGGUCUGGACAUAAGGGCUAUUGGAGGUCUCUUUCCUAUAUGGGGGCUGGGGGAUUCGCAUUUCAGGAGGGAGUGGAGUUCGAGCAUUAGACGGUUUUCCCAGGUUUGCCCAGGCAGGAUAGCCAACUCUGAAUCUGACCUUUGUUGACACCCACCCAGCCCCUCAUUGUCACCAGCGUGUUGUAGGUUAAGACCCAAUGGACCUUUACAGGAGCUUGUGGACCAUGGAAAAGGCAAAAAGACAAAGCAAAAGAAAAUCAAUAGGGCAUUUAGUCAGACACAGUGAGUCCCCAGGUCUCUGUUCCUUCUGACUCCUGGGCCUCCUAACCCCUUCCAGAGGGCUCGGAGCUGACAGCUUGAACCCUGGCCUUCCUUGCCCUAAUUGUACACAUGAAGGUCUAUGUGUGAGGAAAAGUGGACCCCCUGGAACAGGCCCUUAGGUGGGGGUGGGGAGGCGGCGGCCUCUGGGAGGGACGUCAGGGUGACCUUGCUCUUCACCCCUUGGAUGAGCAGCCUCUCCUUCAGUGCAGCCCUCAGCAUCUCACUUGCUUGGGAGAUUCAUUUAAAGUGGCAACCAUUUCAGCCUUUACUUGGAAAAUGAAGAUCCAUUUCCUGAACCCCCACCUCAACUCCACCCCCCAACUCUCAAACUCUGAGGUAAUGAAUUUGCAGUAUUGAUCUGUAGUGCCUACUAAUGAGACCAAGGCAAGGAAUGGACUCCAUGUGGGCCAAGCAGUUUGGUUCUGUGCCAAGGCCAUAGCCCCUUAUACUGAGCCCAGCCCUCGAGGCUGUCUUUAGCCUCUGGGAAUCCUGGAGGGGUGGCCACUCCCUGCCUUUAGUAGAACCCCCAAGGGCUGUUGCAGCCCAAAGCAUGUCUUCUCCUUAACCUUGCAGUGACUCUGCUACUAGGGGACAAAACCCAGAGCUGGAAGGCAGGAACUCUGGAGCUCCUUCUGGUACACACUGGGCCCUGAAUGUCAAGUCCAGAUUCUGCUGCCCUUUUCUGGCCAUUGGGUGGGAGUAUCGAUGGGACUGGAUGUGCCCAGGCUCCCCACCUCCUGGAAUUUCACUGGUCACUCCAAGCGCCCCCUUCAGAGGAAUGUGCUUAUCUAUCACAUGCUCAUUCUCCUGGGUUUUCUCACCUCAACUGUCACUUCAGGUUUAAAGUCCUUUUUUUUCCUUUGUAAUCUUGUGACAUAAAACCAAGAACAUUUUCCACAAUCCAUCUAGCAUAGAACAUAAUAGAACUUCAUUCAUCAGUUAUUUGUUAUUGUAUAGAACCCAAUAAAUAAACGUAAUAUUGAAAAUUACGUUUUGUCCAUUUGUCUGUAUUUAGACUUUAUUUUUAUUGCCACAUUAUCAUUAUUUGAGAACUUGUAAGAUUGCAGAGCAUGAGUGUAUUUGUGUGAUUCUUCAAUUUCAGCUGCCGUAGUUUUGGGUAAAAUAUGUAAAGGAAGGUAAGUAGUCUUCUGUGAAUUGCAAGACUUUGUUGCCUGUCACACUUGGUGAAAAGAAUGCACUUACCUCGGGUAUUUUAUUGGUGAUGCUGAUUUACUCAUCCAUAUAAACUCAAGCACAGCUCAGUAACAGUUUUGAGGGAAAGCAUCCAGCAGAAUGUCUCCCUGGUAUAGCUCUAGUUGUGAUCAGAGGGUAGCAACAGACAGAGUCAUGUCGAGAUGCAAGGUUCACUGGCGAUGGGGCAGCUAACUCUGUGGCACAGGAAAGUUCUUGAAGGCAGGGCUUUUUCUGUACUCAGUGAUUAUUUUGCCUUGAGAGAAUAAUUCAUUCAUUGAUUCAGAAAUAUAACAUUCAAGUUGCAAAUGUUUGCAUGCCUGGAAGCUGAGGGAAGUUUUAGAUACCUGUCUACUUUCCCUCGCCCAGUGGGGCAGACAUACAUUCCAGUCUCUUCUGAUGCUUUACCAAGAUGUAGCGCUAAUGCAGUUCCAUCCUGUUCCUUGCUCAGGCCAGUGGAAAUAACUGUGCUUGAGGAAGAUCCCUCUCUGAGCAUACCAUUGCCAGGGAGAGAGGCCCCUCUGCCCCCUGCUUUGCAUUGCUAACAAUUAUUAGCUUUUCUGUUUUUUUAAGGCAACUUAAUAGGAAAUGAUUAUUCACGAUAGACUCCCCUGGAGAACACAAAACCCAGCAGGCACUAGUUCCUUGCCUAGAAUGAUGAGUGGUUUCUCACUUUAUAUUAAAUCAUAUCUUUCAAACAUUUUAUGUGUUGGAGCAGUUGAAGAACUGUUCACCCCUUAUUAGUGAUUGAUGUUCAGGUAGCCUCACUCUGUGCAAACAGAUGCCUAUCUUUCAUUGCUAGCUCAGGAGUAGGUUUUGCUGCCUGGGACCUGGCUAAAGCAGCUGACAAACUCUUCUUUUGAAGCCAUUACUGAAGUUUAGAAAUGGGGUAGAGCCUCAUCUUUGCAGAGGGAAUAUCAUUGUGUAUCAUUUCAUGAAAUCUGUGAUAUAUGUUCACAGGGGGCUUUUCCCACCUGACUUAUUUGGGGGAAAUGGCAACCUUUAAUGCCCCUUUGAUGCUUCUAGCUUUCCUAUUCAGUAUUUUUUAAAAUAAGGGUUAUCUUGGACCCUCUGAGGGAGAACAUUGUCUCACCAAAGUUCAUUUUUGCCCUGGACUGAGCAGUAGCAUGUGUGCAGGAUGUGUUGGAGAGGUGAAUGUUGACUGUCCCCUUUUUCCUCUGCAGGGAUAUCUGCAUUACCUCCACCUCCUCCACCUCCACCUCCACCACCAGCAACUUCCUUGCCUCUUGAGAGCACAGAGGCACCCACACAGCUGCCACCCCUGGCUGUGAAUGGCGUGAGCCGAGGGGCCUUGCUCAGCUCCAUCC